GAGAAGUGGUGGAGGUGGAGGUGGUGGUGGUGGCAGCUCGUUCAUGCUGCUCCUGGAGAACUUUAACGACUAUUUCCCCAACUACAAUGGCAGCACGGUUUCGGGCACAACAAUAACAUCCGCAGUUGCCGCAGCAACAACAACACCCAGCAGCAGCGGCAGCGGCAGCGGUGCCGGCAGCAUCCUGCUCGAACAGAAUCUCACCGGGCUGUUCCUGGACACCUACCGGCUGAACUGCAGCAACGAGACAACGCUGAAUCUCACCUCUGGCGAGUCCUGCGGCGAGCUGAGAAUUGUGGACCACAACUAUUGGGCGCUCAUCUUGAUACUGUUUCCCAUCCUGACCCUCUUCGGCAACAUCCUGGUCAUCCUGUCCGUCUGCCGCGAGCGCUCGCUGCAAACAGUCACGAAUUAUUUUAUAGUUUCUCUGGCCAUUGCCGAUCUGCUGGUCGCCGUGGUUGUGAUGCCAUUUGCCGUUUACUUUCUGGUAAAUGGUGCCUGGGCAUUGCCUGACGUUGUUUGUGAUUUCUAUAUAGCCAUGGAUGUGAUAUGCUCUACUUCAUCGAUAUUCAACUUAGUUGCCAUCUCCAUAGACAGAUACAUCGCUGUGACGCAGCCAAUAAAGUACGCCAAGCACAAAAACAGUCGCCGCGUUUGCCUUACGAUACUGCUGGUCUGGGCAAUAUCGGCUGCCAUCGGCUCGCCGAUAGUUCUGGGCCUGAACAACACGCCCAACCGCGAGCCGGAUGUGUGCGCCUUCUACAACGCUGACUUCAUACUCUACUCAUCGCUGAGCAGCUUCUACAUACCCUGCAUCAUUAUGGUGUUCCUCUACUGGAACAUUUUCAAGGCACUUCGUAGUCGUGCCAGAAAGCAGCGGGCGGCCCGUAAGCCUCAUCUGUCGGAGCUAACCGGCGGCAGCGUCAUCGAGAACAUUGCCCAGACACGGCGGCUGGCGGAGACGGCACUCGACAGCAGUCGCCAUGCCAGCAGGAUCAUGCCGGACGAGCCGGCCACGAACACGGCCAGUGGCUCCAAUGAGGAGGAGGACGAGAACGCCAUCUCGCCGGACAUCGAUGACUGUCAUGUGAUUGUGAACGACAAGUCCACCGAGUUUAUGCUGGCCACCGUCGUCGAGGAGACGGGCAACAGCGUUGUGGCUCAGAUCAGCACACAGCCACAGCUGGUGGUUGCCGAUCCGAAUGGUAAUCAUGAUUCUGGUUAUGCAGCCUCAAACGUUGACGAUGUCCUUGCAGGCGUGGGCGUGGCCACGGGCACCGGCACCGGCACCGGCACAGGCACCGGCAGCAUCGCCGGCGUCACCGCAGCGGUAAGCAGCGCCACGCCCCCAGACAGCCCCCUGCCCAGCGGAGCGACACUGCAGCGCUCGAGUGUCAGCAGCAGGCGCAACACCGCCGAGGAUUCACCGAAGCGCGGCGAGCCCUCACUCAGGUCAGUGGCAGUCGAUCACAGCAGCGUCGCCAUGAAGCCAUUGUCCUUUGUCCGCUAUGGUGUGCAGGAGGCCAUGACUUUGGCACGCAACGACUCAACGCUGUCGACCACAUCGAAAACGUCCUCGCGCAAGGAUAAGAAAAACUCGCAGGCGUCAAGAUUCACGAUAUACAAGGUGCACAAGGCCUCGAAAAAGAAACGUGAGAAAUCGUCGGCCAAAAAGGAACGCAAGGCCACAAAAACAUUGGCCAUCGUUUUGGGUGUGUUCCUGUUCUGCUGGCUGCCAUUCUUCACGUGCAACAUCAUGGACGCCAUGUGCGCCAAAUUCAAUAAAGACUGCCGACCGGGCCUCACAGCCUACAUGAUGACCACCUGGCUGGGCUACAUCAACAGCUUCGUCAAUCCGGUGAUCUAUACGAUAUUCAAUCCAGAGUUUCGCAAGGCCUUCAAGAAGAUCAUGCAUAUGGGAUGAUUGAAAACGGCGAGCAGGACACGAGCAGCAGCGCCAAACACAACAGCAACAAAAUUAGCAAUACAAAGAAAGCGGAAACAGGACUAAGCGGAACAGCGGAAACAGGAAACAAAAUGAAGCGGAACUGAACAAGAACCGCACUGUAAUCGAAGGUGUAGCCAGGUGUAAGUAGUAGUUGUUGUGGGGAAUGGAGUGCCAAAUGUAAGCAAUGGAUCGAUACACGCCACUCAAUUAGGCAAUGCACGAGUCUCGUGUACAUGGAACUGUACAUAAAAGUAUGCAACUUAGGCAUAAGUACAGACACACAUAAGCGCCACACGAAUACUGGAGUCGUUUGAGAGCAUUACGAGCUGUAGGCUAGGUACAAUUUUAAGUAAGAAAACAAUUAGGUUUAGCAAACACCCAAAGGAUUUCCCCUCUCACACAGUAGCCCACUAAGUUACGCACAAACGUUCGGCUUAGAGUGGACCCGAAAAUUCGCUUUUAUGUGCUUUUUUGUACGCCAAUUCCUAUCGAUACCUAAUCACAUAUCACGAGCCGCAGCGCGAGCUGCUCGUUUAGCCGCCCCAAACCCCUUCCAGGCCCCCCCUCCCCCCACCCACCAGCCCAAGUUGAGUAGUUAAGAAAAUGUAGAGAAGAAAUUCCAUAUCGUUAAAGGCAAGCGCGUUUCGAUUAAUCGAUACUUGGUAUCGAUACAUUUAGGAUAAGGGCAAGCAGUAUAAGGCAGUUUAGGUUUAAGUGGCAAGCAGGGCCUUGAGAUCAGCGGCCCCACGCACAGACACACACACAACCCACACACGCGAAUGAAGCAGGUCAAGGCCCGAUAGCUGCCGUAAGUUAUCGAUAAGCCAUCGACUGGGUUUUGGGUGGUCAAGCAUGGUGACGGUAACUCAAAUUAUAUCUAUAUAUCACAUAUACUUUCUGUCCAGUCUAUCGGUAAGUUUGAUCGAUCUCUUGAUCGAUAAAUGCAUCGAUAGUAUUCCAAAUUGAUUGUAAACAAUCGAGAACUGACUUCCAACACCGACUUGCCCAUCCACACACACACACACGAGCAGACAAACCACAUCAAAUGAGCCCCACAAAUCAAAACGAAGAGCGCUGGAGACGCUGAUCCUCGAUGCGCGAUCCCUGCUAACAGCUGCAUAGGAAAUAAUCGUCUUAGGUGGACUAUCGAUAGUGAAAGAUGUAAGCGCAUUUAAAACAUUAAGUGUAGUCUAGAGAGAGUAUUCAUUAAGUAAGUUAAGCAGCGGCGUACCUAGUACGCCCGUAUACCAAAGCCCGACAGAUACUCAGAUCCAUUCUCCACAAAAGAGGAAAGCAACAACAUACACAUAUGUAUAUGUUACUACAGCUACCAUACAUACAUGUAUGUAUGUGGAAUGUAGAAUGUAGAAUGUAAGAAGAGUGCAUAGCAAGUGGAAGGAAGUGCGAAGAAUCAGGGUAUGUAGAGCACAUUACUAGAAGUAAUCUGCAGACGACGACGCAGCUGAAGUACCAUGUGGCUAAGCAUACAAUAUAUCUACAUAUGUGUAAUAAUCUAGAAGUAGAGUUUUGAAGCACGGACCGAAAGCCUCGAGCCAGCCAAAGCCCUCGAUGCCCUCUCGAAUGUGCCCCAUGGACCAGCGAGUAAUGAACAGCGGGUUGGCCUUCGUUUCGAGACUGCUCCAAACUGCUUGGAGCCAUGCCCCUUGCUCUCAAUCAGAGUCAGGAUCAGUGAGUGUGUGGCGCAUUCGAAUGGGCAUCGUCCACGUCAGUGUCCGUUGGCCGGUGUCGAGGCACACUUUUGGGAAUUUGGGUCCCUGUUUUCAAUGGCCGUCCUCUCAACUGUUUCCAUGUGACAAAUAAUUGUUGAAUGCAUGCAUAAUAUUUGGCGAACUGCAAAUACUUUAUACAAAAUUCCAUAUAUGAUAUGAAUGAAUAUUUUGUGUAGCAUCUAAGCUCGGAUUAUGUGUACCUCGCUCGGCAUUGGGCACCAAGCGUUUGCCAAACAGCUCACCAAACUACCAACUAGAAACAACUACAAAUUUCAGCUCAAAGGUUUUUUAUACUUUUCAAACAA